CCAGGCGGGCCCAUCGCGGCGCGGCGCGGGCGCGGCCGCCAUGGACGAGGAGGACACGAGAGAUUUUAAUGAGCGCUGUGCCCAGUGUUCAGAAGUGAACUGGGGUCUCACUGAUGGAGGUGGAUUUUAUUGUAGAUCUUGUCACAACGUUAUUGAGAGAACUAGAGAAGUUGUAAACACUGAUUUUAUUACAAAUUCAAGAGUCCAAACAAUCUCCAAAGAUUCAAAAAAGCAGGAAAAAAGUGAGGGAGGCAGUGAAUGGUAUAUUUGUGAAGGCUUUCAGCUUGUACUCAAGAAACAGGUGGAAGCUUUAGAAGCAUUAGGAGUUCAUCCACAAAUGAAGGAUGAAAUUCUGUGCAAUUUUUGGAGGUGUUACCUUCAGAAGAGCAAGCAGGCAUAUUGCAAGAGACCAGCUGCAGAAACUGUCAAAACAUUAUCAGUAUGUGAGAGCAGUACUGAUGUGGACAGUGAUCCAGAGAGACCCAGCAUUCUGCACUUGCUGUCUCUCUCUGAAAGUGAGGGGGAUCUGCAGACCGACUGCAGCAGUUUUGCCUCAUCAGUGAGCAAGGUCUCAGAAAGCACCUCUGUGUACUCUGGAUCAGUAGAUGGCAGUUUAUAUUUAAUGAAGAACCAAAAGGAGAAACUCAGGAUGACAAUGCCAAUGACCCUUUCGUUUUGUUAUAUGGCAUUACUCUGGAUGAGAGAACCAAUUACAUUGUCUGAAUUCUUAAGGUUUGUUGUUGAAGGGCAUAUUCCAUAUUUGAAUGUUUUUGAGCAUUUUCCAGAGAAGAUGAAGUUGUGUGGACUUGAUCUUAAGAUCUUUUGUGUAGAGUCAUGGCCUGUAUAUGAAGAAGUAUUCAACAAAAUGCAUGAGCUUGCAGCAUAUUUAGACCUUCCUCGUUUUCCAGAUAUAACAGAAAGCUGCUUUCUUCAUCCAGACAUGCUGUGCAUGAAGUACUUGAUGGAAGCUAAUUUACCUGAUGAAUUGCACAAUUGGACUUGUCGAGUGGUGAAAAAGAUUGGUAUUGGAGAAGUGGAUUUCCUGACUCUUAUGCCUGGAAAUAAGUCAACAAGAAAAGUGAAAUAUGAUGUUCUUGCUGCAGCAGUUAUUAUAGUGGUGCUCAAAUUACUGUUUUUAUUAGAUGAUCGCUAUGAAUGGUUACUUUCAGAGUUUGCUGAAGAAAGAAAUAAAAAUAAUACAGAAGGUGGCCCUUAUUUCGAGUUCAAGAGAUGGUAUGAGGUGGUAAAACAUUCCUUGGAUGUGAAGCAAAAGAAAUUGGAUGAAGAAAGGGCCAAGUAUCUGUGGAGAUGUGAAAAGCCAUUGUUUUAUUCAGUCAAGAAAAAAUCUAAAGUUCUAAAGAGAAGACAAAUGGUUGUGAGUUUACAAAAUCAGUUUGGCAAGCUGUCUGGUUCAGUGCAACGUGCUAAAAAGCCAAAUCCUUCAAGUUUUCAGUUAAGUUGGUCUGAAGAAAAUGCAGAUGGGAGUUGUUUUCACGGGCAUAGCCUGAAGGGAGUCUUGCAAGAAAAAUGUGGUUUACUGACAGCCAGGAACCCUGACUAUUGGCUGUGUACAGUUAAACUAUGUAAUGAGAAUGACUUCUGGAUCAUAUGCCUUUGGUUCUGCCAUUGGUUGUAUUAUGAAACCCUAAUCCAGAAGAGGAGUAUACUGAUUGUGUGGUCAUCUGGCUCAUUACAGAGAAGUGGAGUUUCCCCAGAGUUACCAUUUUGUACUAGGGUUGUUCUCCUUUCUUCUGAGGAUUCAGCCCUCUUAUAUCCAUGAUGAGGUGUGUAUGAUAGAGCACAAACUUUUUAAUAAAAAACUCUAUAAAAAACUAAAAUACAACGCAGUCCUACGGAAGUAAAAAAGGCCUAAAACCGCCAGUAUUAAACCCAUGUGAAUUAGUUGGUUGGAUUCCAAACCAUCGUAUUACAUCCAAACUUGCUCUGAUUCUUCUGUCUCAUGGACAUUUUUUGUUAAGAUAGUAGUGCUGAGAUCUGCUACUGUACUUCAGUUUUAGUGUCAUGUUAUCUAUAAUUUGUCACUGAUACUGGGAAGGGAAACUUCUGAGGAAACUGUUAAUUAGCUUUUAUUUCAUACAUUUGCAUCAGAGACAACAGGAAGCUGUGAAAUUACCUUUUUUGGGCCAUAAUUGUACAUGUUUUGAGUGUCCUGGUCAUGACAGCAUCUAAUUAUGUUGUAAGAUUUUGCAAUUAAAAUAUCUAUUUUUUUACUUACCAUUGUAUAACAGUAAAUAUAUUUCUAGAAAAUAAUGUUUACUUUGUUUUUAAAUACUAUGUUAACAAAUAAAAGAAGCAGUUUGUUAAUGUUGUCA